AUGACCUCAUCGAAAGGGUUAGUGCCUCCCUUUGCGACAAGUGCUGUGAAUGUAGGGACCGAAGCAGCUUCUGGAGUGAAAAGCCCUCGUUUAUCCAUUGAAAACCUCAACCGACGGUUUAGGCAGAUCGAAAAAACUAUCGAGCGUCAACUAACAGGCGUGGGAGCCCUCCAUUCCCACAUUUCUCGACUGGAGGGACGAUUUGAGAAGAGUCAGGUCGACCUGGCCCACGCCCAGAAUCAGCUUGAGCUCAUUCUGGUCAACCUCGAACGGCUUGGGGGCAUCGUGACCAACCACACAGAGCAAUUGCGCCUCUUUGUGCGGGAAUCGGGCCGCCGCGGUCCGGAGCGUACGACCGUUCGAGAACCCAAGAACCUCACCCUCUCUUUAGCUGGUUGGCUUUACGUGCCCUUGGUGUACUUUUUCAAGGGGAUAUACACCCUGCUGUCGCCUGUUAUCAUUACCGCUCAGUCGCUUUCCCUUUUCAACUCCGCUGUUGAGCAACGUCUUCCCAAGAAUUACCCCCGACCACAGCAGGGCGAUGCGUGGAAUCGCGACCUUCUCUCAAUGCUCCAGGAUGGCUCCUUUGAUUUGGCCUCCGCUCCAACUAAAAGCAAACCUCAACUUUGUUAG